AUGAAGAGGCAGGCGGAUCAGCGUUGUGAUGUCGAGUUCCAAGUCGGUGAUCGAAUAUUUCUCCGGCUUCAACCUUGCCGGCAGCAUUCCGUGGCUUGUCGGCCGUAUGAGAAACUGUCCCCCAAGUUUUAUGGGCCGUUCAGAACUCAAGAGGAGAUAGGCCUAGUGGCAUAUCAGUUGGAGCAUCUUGCCACGGCCCAGAUCCACCUAGUCUUCCACGUUUUGCAGGUGAAGCAAGCGGUCAAUAGUUCAGAGCCCAAUGGGCCAUUCCACAUCCAGAAGAGCUCUUGCAAGAGCCUUCUGUCCCCCUUACCCCCCAUCCGUGCUAUCUUUCCCUAUUUCCUUCAAUUUCCUUGA